CCUAGGAGUCAUGUUUGUGAUUUACUGUGCUUCAAUUUAACAAUAAACUAUUUAUUUUUGUACGAUAUUUCCACAUGUGGUAGAAACAGCUGAAGAAAAAACUCCUUGUUUACUUUGAUAGGGUUUUUGAACACAAAUACAAUACCAAAUUUUGAGUGAAACUGAUACUUUCAAAUAACGGAGUACAUUUAACACGGAACGAAAACUGUUUCUUUUAGCCACUAUUCCGAUUAAAGAGUAUUUGUAGAUACAAGAAGACACUGGAAGUGGCAGUUUUGAAUAUCUUUGCUUAAUUUGACUGAUUAAACAAAGAAUAAAACAAUGAGGGAGAAAUAAAACCGCCAAUCAUCAUGACAUAUGAAGAGCAAAGCGCAGAUAACGCAUUGCACGAGAAAACGUUUUCACUGAUUAGUAAAGAUGACUCAUUUUUAUUAUGCAGUAAAAAAAUGCAAUAAUUUAGUAAUAAAAUGGCUGGAAACAAUCCGAGGAGCCAACGCCAAUCUUUAUCAACACGUUCCGGCAAAGAUGUUACGUAUGCUUCGGUUGAGCAUAUGAGAAGGAGUCAGGCCUCAACUAGGUCGGAAAUUGUACCAGAAACUGUAUUGAGGAUCACCAGUUGCGAUGAAAAACGCGACGUGAAUCAUCGUCUACACAACACGUUUCUUUACGAAUUAGCGAAACGAACCGAACCUUCUCACCUGGUCGUCCGAAGAGGUCAAAUAAUUUACUUCGGUUUGAAAUUCAAUCGACCUGUGGAUCCGGAGAAAGAUUCGCUCUCGAUUAUUGUCAAAUACAUAGACUGUAAAAAUCCCAUGGUCGGCCAAUGCACGUAUUCUCAAAUACCUAUAAGAUUAGAAAACGCUAAGCUGAUGAAACUUGGAUCUUGGGACGCUUGGGUAAACGGAAAACUUGGAAAGGAAAUGGAGUUGAGGGUGCUUCCCCCAGCAGACUGUAUAAUCGGAAGAUGGUCGAUAGAUAUCGACACGAAAGUCAGGUUUCAAUCAGAUCGCAGCACAUACCAUUUUCCUUAUUUGUUGUAUAUGAUAUUCAAUCCGUACUGUCCUGACGAUGAAGUUUACGUCGAUUCCAAAUAUCUAGAUGAGUAUUUGCUGACUGAUAUCGGCUUAAUUUACAAAGGCAGCCGGUCUCCAAAACCGACUCAUUGGGUGUACGGACAAUUUGCUAAAGACGUGAUUGAUUGUUGUUUUUAUCUAGUAAAUAAUCGAGCUAAAAUUUCUGUCGGGAUGCGGUCCGAUCCGGUUGCAGUUACCAGAGGCCUGACUGCUGUGAUUCAUUCUGAAUAUCAACCCGGCGUUCUGAUGGGUAAUUGGUCCGGUGACUACUCGGACGGCGUGAGACCUCAGCUCUGGUCGGGUAGCGCGCCGAUCCUGCAGAAAUUUUACGAAUCGCCUGAGCCAGUAAAAUACGGGCAGUGCUGGGUCUACGCCGGUGUGAUGACUACCGUGUGCAGAUGUCUGGGAAUAGCCUCAAGGGCGGUGACCUGCUACAGCUGCGGGUUCGGACCGGACGACACGGUGAGCAUCGACGCCCAUUAUUUCGACAACCCCGAAAUGGCAGGGAAAAAGAAUCACAGGGCUUUCUGGAACUAUCACGUAUGGACGGAAUGUUGGAUGAAGAGGUCGGACAUCGGAAAAGGGGAAUAUGACGGAUGGCAAGUGUUGGAUGCAUCGCCACAAUUCCCAACGUCGGGGAUAAUCUGCUUAGGGCCCGCGUCUGUCAAUGCCAUUAAACGUGGGAUGUUCAGAACACCUUACGACACAGGCUUUGUUUAUCACGAAGUCAACGGUGAUAUUCAUUAUUGGAAGCCUGGGACAAAAAAAGCAGCAAAAAAAUUAGUAGGAACCAACAAAAGAAGCGUAGGCUGGUUCAUUGGAACAAAAGGUAGGGGAUCUUGGGCAAUAGAAGACGUUACUAAUUUGUAUAAACAUUCUUUUGAAACUGCGGAAGAGCGUGAACACAAAUUCAAACAACUUGUAGCCGCACAGCAGGUCGACAACACGAGAUACACGCGAAAUCAAGAAUUUAUGGAUGUCGAGUUCACCUUUUCGGUUGAUCGAGAAGUGGAUGUCGGCCUUCCUAUUUACGCUGAAUUAAAAAUGAAAAACAAUCAUAUAUGGAAAACAUAUUUAGUCCAGGCCAAACUGGCCGUGUUUCCUGUGACCCACACUGGUGAAACAAAACAAAUUUUAAGGUUUGAAAAGUUCGAAAUCCCCAUCGCAGCGAAAGGAGAGUCCACUGUCAACAUAACGGUACCUUACGACGUUUAUGGGACGGCAAUUCAAGCAGACGGUCUGUUCAACUGUGCCUGUCAAGCGCGUAUACCAGAAGUCGAUUUUGACUUUUAUGACGAGGAAAAUAUACAAAUCGUACAACCGACUUUCGAAAUAGAGGUCCCUGUCGCAAUAGUCAACGAACCGGUAACAGGCGUUGCUGAAUUUUUAAAUCCGUUGAACAUCCCCUUGACAAACGGUCUUAUUUAUAUUCAAGGGCACUUCUUCAAGGAGGUCCAGAAAAUAAACAUUGGACUCGUCCCGCCCAAACAGAAAAUCACGAUAACAUUCCAGCUGACAGCACUGACGGCAGGAGAAUUCAGCAUUGCUGCCAAGUUCAUUUCCGAUCAGCUCGAAGAGGUCGAAGGUUUCGCCAGGGUAAUCGCUAGGAACAGACGCAACUCAGAAGUUUCAGUUCCCAAAAUUAGGUAAAAAAUUUGAAUAGAGGAGACGAAAUACCACCUGAGUGAGGCGUACACGAAGACAAAAAUCACAUAUUGAAUUUUAAACAAGUUUAGAAGCUGUUGGUUUUCAUUACGUAAAACAAUGUUAAAAUACUUUUCAAUAUUGUUACUAAAAAAAAGUAAAAAAUAAAAUAACCGGAGUAGCAUAAUAGCAUAUAAAAUAUUAAAAAUGUAAUAAUUAAAAUAAAAUGUUUAUGCAAAAAUAAUAUAGA